AUGGGUGUCAAGGGAACCGGUUCAAACUUUUCCGAAGCCAUAUCUAAUUAUCUCCAAAAGUCGGAAAUGUGCGACAGCGUAGUGUUACAUGAUUUUCGGGAUUCCUUUGAAUCUUCUACGGUGGUUUCUCCUCUUUACGUUGGAAUAAAUGUGAGACACACUGUCGAUGAAACUCUCGAGUACCUUAAGUUGUUCAAUGAUUUGAACAAAGUGUACCUCCCCCUAUUCCUCCCGUUUUUGGAGAAGUCGCCAUUACAUAGGCAGAGAUUUAGCAAACCCUCUUCCUCUAAGUCAGAUAAAUCUAAAUUGCCGGCCAGUAAACUCGACUCUAGCCCACAUGAAUACCACGAAGACGACGACACAGUGCUGGUGCUUGGCGACGCCGAAGAUAUAGUUCUCCUGGACCAUUUUCAUGUGACCCUGUACUACCUGGGCGUUGACAAGAAAACUGAGGAGAUGGUUAGCCAGGAUGUGCAGAAGGUGGCUGAGUACUUGAAGGACAAGGACUCGAACUUCAGGCUGAUGCUGAGCACGCUCACGCUUUACGAGUUCUCGGUGUGCUUGAUGUACCGGCACCUCUACAAAAUGCCCCUGCCAUUUGAAAAGGUGGCAGUGUCGGAGGAAAACGACGAGCACGCAGCCUUCAGGUACCUGGUCCUAGUGCCGGGGGUUGUGUUCUUCGCAGUUGUGGAGCUGAAGAAGCCACUCUUUGCGAUACCUGCCAAGGACUUCGACCAGGCUAAAUCGACGGGGUCGCCGAGCAGUGAGUUUAGCAGCGUCACAGGCCUGCUUGAGUUUCUGAGGAACAGCGUCCUCGUUGAGACUGAGCACUCAACGCACGUGACUCUGGGCACGUCCAAGGACUACAAGCCGGUAAUAUCUAAUCAAAUUUGCGCAUCCCUGCUGCACUUUCUGAACAACUGCGACUCCAAACACGUACACCUGUACUCGGAUUUAAGGUUGAAAUCGAGUUCCACGGGCUCACACACUGACCUGAGAAGGUACCUGCGGGUGUACAACAGCGGCGAGUGCAAGUACGACAACCUAAAGGAGGUCUUUCUUCAGUCGCUGCCGUCCCUGCUCAACGAAAACCCCUUUAUCGCAGGCGGAUCUACCGAGAAGGUGACGUUGAGUGGGUCUAACCACUCCAAUAGGAGGAGCGAGCACCCAUCGGAUGGCCAGUCCGACAAGGACCUUUACUCAGGCACGAAGGUCUUCGUGGCUGACGACCACAAGUGGUUCUACUUCAGCAACUUGCCGGCGACACGCAGUCUACACCCCGAACGCUCCGCACACCCCUACGAUUGGAACAUCGACGUCUACGUGAUGGCCUACUCCGGGGGAACAUCCACUUUAACCAGAAGUGACGUUAAGCUUAUGAAUGUUCUAAAACGAUGCCAUAACAGUGUAUUCCUUGAAUUCAAGUUGUAUUUACACAUAUAA